GGAGGAAAAAAAAAAAGAACAACAAAAAUGAAGACAUGUAUGAUAAUCUUGUUGGUGAUUUUUAGCAUCUUGAUUGCAGGAGGAGUUGAGGCUAACGAAUCCCAGAGGAAAUAUCUGAAUCUCAACCGAUGUUCACGUCCUAAUCCUCCACCAGGAUGUCAUCAACAUCCAAAUAAACCCCGUACCCCGGUUCACAAAUAUAGACGUGGCUGCACCAAAAUCAACCGAUGCCGCCGACAUCCGUAAUGGCUGUCUUAAGGAUGAG